UUUCAUGGAUACGAAAGAAAGUGAACCGCGUGAAAAUCGAGUGUUUUUCCAUUUUCAUUACCCUGCAUUGUACCGUGCUACAGAUAUAGUGAUGGUUGGAAUGGAUGUGGUAAAGGACGAACCCGUUUCGGUAAAGCUGGAAGAGUGUACCGCAAUAAAAGUGGAAGAGCUUAACAUCACCGACGAUGUUCUGGAUACGGAGAAUAAUAAAUCGUUGAUUACUAUUGAUGCACAGUGCUCCGGUCAAGCGGCGAUCUCUGCCGCCUCGGCAGACGCUGUCGGUGGCGGCGUCCUUGUAGUGAAACAAGAACCUCCGGAAGAGAUAUUCGACGGAAGUGAUAAUACGGAAGGUUCGACAUCAUCGGCGUCUGCAGCAGCCAGCGGAGAAACUGCAACUGCUAAUUCCAGUGCUGCGGAGAGUUGCGGACGGAACUACGCUCGUGAUGAUCCAAGUAACAGCGCUACAACCCGUGACAAUCGAUUAGGAAAGCACGUUUGUACUGUUUGUGGCAAAUCAUGGUUGACAAAAAGUAAACUUGAGGUUCAUAUGAGAAUGCACACCGGAGAACGGCCGUUUAAAUGUGACAAAUGCAGCAAGACAUUUACCGCAGCGAACAAUCGAAACGCCCAUAUGGUGGUGCACAGUGGAGAUAGAAUGUUCAAGUGUAAAAUUUGUGACAAAAGUUUUUUCUAUAAAGGAAAUUUGAAAAAUCACCAAACAAUACACGGUCUGGAGGGUCAGCAUGAGUGCUCAUAUUGUGGUAAAAGAUUCGUAUAUCUAAGCGCGCUGGAAAGUCACAUGUUCAGCCACACCGAAGAGCGACUGUUCACAUGUGAUGUUUGCGGUUCAUCUUUUAAGUCGGCUCAGUACCUACAUGUUCACAAGAAAAGGCAUAGCCUGGAACGUCCGCACAAGUGCCCAAUUUGCGACAAAGGCUUUCGAAUGCGCCCUGAUCUGAACGUUCACAUGUUCUGCCACACCAAGGAAGGACCCUUCAAAUGUGACAUUUGCGGGUCGCCGUUCAGGACAGCCUCCCUUCUAAGUGAGCACAAAAUGUCCCAUAUGCGGCUGGAACCCUAUUACAAGUGCAACAUAUGCGACGGACAGUACGCAAGCAGAAAAAGCUUGCAAGCGCACAAAAAGAUACACACCAACGAGCGCCGGUUUCAUUGUGGCUGCGGCAAGAGCUUUCCGUGCAAUGAAAACCUUGAAAAGCACAAGUUGAGCAAUGAUGCCGAGCGUUUCGGACGGAACUACGCCCGUGGUGACCAAGGUAAAACCGUUAUAAACCGUAACAAGCGAUUGGAGAAGGCGGUUUGUACUAUUUGUGGCAAAUCAUGUGUUACAAGAGCUAGACACGCGAUCCAUAUGAGAGUACAUACCGGAGAACGACCGUACAAAUGUAACAAUUGCAGUAAAACCUUCAAGUCAGCGGAAAAUCGAAAUGCCCAUUGGUUGGGGGUCCACAGUGGCGAGAGAAAUUUUAGAUGCGAAAUUUGUGACAAAAGUUAUUCCUAUAAAUCAGCUUUAACAAGUCACCUAGCAACACACGGUCUGGAACGUCGGCAUGAGUGCUCACAUUGUGGGAAAGGAUUUGCAUUUCCUGGCGCACUGGAAAUUCACAUGUCCUGCCACACCGAACAGCGACUGCACACAUGUGAUGUUUGCGGUUCAUCAUUCAAGCAUGUUCGAUAUCUGUUUGCACACAAGAAAAGGCAUGGCGCGGAACGUCCCCACAAGUGCCCGAUUUGCGACAAAGCAUUCCGACUGCGCCCUGACCUAAAACGCCACAUGACCACUCACAUAGGCACCACACACACCGAAAUAGGCCCGUUGGAAUGCGACAUUUGCGGUUCACCAUUCAAGACGGCUACGCUUCUGCGCAGGCACAAAACAUCCCAUAUGCGCCUGGAGGCGUUUCACAAGUGCGACAUAUGCGAUGGGCAGUAUGCAACCAAGAGAACCCUUCAAAUCCACAAGAAGUCACACACGGACGAGAACCGGUUUCAUUGUGGCUGUGGCAUGAGCUUUUCAUCGAAUAAAAAACUAGAGAAGCACAGGUUGAGGAAGUGCAAACAUCCAAUGAAGGGUUGA